AUCGCGUCUGCCUAUAUAAAGGUCAUCGUCUCCUUUCUCUCUCUCCGCGUUCCACUUCAUAAAAGUGAAGCGUCUUCCUCGUGCUCCUCCUCCGCUUCACCUUUUUCCCGAGAAAAUUUGGAAUGGGGGUGAGAGUAGCACCAUACGCUUCUCCCUUCCUUCAAUGGGCGUCUCAUCCUUCUUCUUCUUCUUCUUCCCCUUCUCAAUCCCUAGCUUCCGGUGCCAUAUCAUCACGCCGACACGACGGACGUUUCGUCCCUCAGAGACUGAACCGUUCGUCUCUCUUCGGAACGCCACUCCAUCGCUCCAAGUCCUGCGAGCUACGUGAAUCACCAUCAUCUAAACCGACCAAAACGCAGUCGUUUCGAAGAGUUUAUAGCGCAAGCUUCUCCGACGAGGAGUUUUCUAAAAAGUUCCAAGAGCUAACUCUCAGAUUCAACGACGAGAGAGAUGCGAACGAGAUGGUCCACUUGUCCAGCAUCCAAAUGAAAGCAAACAGCGUCCAUCUCCCUCUCUCCCUUCGUAUCAUAAAGAAGAAGCGACAAUGGGACGAAGGAGUCAAACAAGCCGCGUGCGACUCAAUGAGCAAAGCCUUCUCGUCGAUGGUGUUCAUGAUUCAAGAGCUCCAAAGCUUCGCUUUACAGAUGAGAGAGACUCUUUUCUACGAAGACUUGCAAGGGAUCUUGGUGCGGGUUAGAGAAGAGAUGCACGCAUCGUUCGUCUGGUUGUUCCGACAAGUUUUCUCCGCGACGCCUACGUUGAUGGUUUACGUCAUGUUACUCCUCGCCAACUUCACGGUUUAUUCACUCGGUGCCAACUCUGCUUUAGCGGCCGCCGCUCCAACGACCACCACCUUGACAGAGGUAGCAACCGUCAGUGAAACAAACGAGAAGUUCGAUUCCUCGGUGGUUAAAUCGUUUUUUAUACCAUCUCCCACGGUCGACGGUAGCAACAACGGCGGCGGUGGAAACAUCAGGCCGGUGUUAAGCGGGACAGAUGGUGAUGGAUUCGAUGUACCAGAAGGACCUUCGCGGUUGUCAUCUUCGACAUUUGGGUCAACGAUUAGUGCAGACACAUCAGUGUCGGGACAAGAUGAAGUUAGGCUGUGGAACUCGAUUGUGGAGGAAGCAGAGGAAAUGCAGUAUUCGAAGAUAGACAAUGUGUUGGAUCACGAGACGAGGAAGCGGUUCGUGUCUCCUUUGGAUGCUCGAGUGGAAUCGGAGAAGGACAUUGAUUACUUCAGAACAGAGCUUCUCUACCAAACAGGACUGUCUCAAGAGCCUGAUAAUCCUCUGCUUCUUGCUAACUACGCUCAGUUCCUCUACAUCGUCUCCUAUGAUUAUGACAGAGCAGAGGAAUACUUCAAGAGAGCAGUAGGAGUGGAACCCAAAGACGCGGAGGCGCUGAGUAAAUACGCCACGUUCUUAUGGAGAGCACGGGACGAUCUUUGGGCGGCCGAGGAGAAUUUCUUGGAAGCAAUCGAUGCCGAUCCCACCAACUCUUUCUACGCCGCUAAUUACGCUAAUUUCUUAUGGAACACCGGCGGUGAUGAGACGUGUUUCCCUCUCGACGAGUCUCACGAAGACAACAUCUAGUCAGAACUGUCCAACAUCAAGUCUAAACGUUCCAUACCAACUAAUGAAUAUAUAUACAUAAAUAUGUGCAUAUAAGUGAUGUAUCUGCGUGUUUGCCAUGGGCUAUGUCCCAAACUAACCGUGAUGAAAAGAGUUUUAAUCA